AUGAUUUUAGACAAUGGAAGUCAAAGAAGCUACAUAACUCAGGAACUUCAAAAGAAACUUCAACUUAAAGAGAAAUACAGAGAAAUUCUUUCAGUCCACGCGUUUGGAUCAACUAGAGCACAGAACAUAGAAACCCCAGUUGUGGAAUUACAAGUACAACUUAUUGAUGGAACUUAUCAAACAAUCACAGCAAAUGUUAUUCCCCACAUAACUGGAACUGUUCACCGUGUACCAGUCAACACAACAAACUCCACCAUUUGGAAACAAGUUAAACUAGCAGAUACCUUGCCCACUAAGAGUGAAGACUGUACUAUUGAUAUACUUCUUGGAAGCGACUACUACUGGGACUUUGUUACUUCAGAGAAAAUGGAAGUGAGCCCUGGACUGUUCCUAAUAGGCUCCAAAUUAGGAAUGAUUCUCACUGGAAGGACAGGAAUCACAGAUAAAAACUGCCCAUCAACUACUCUAUUCACUCACACUACAAUAGAGCAUGCUACUAUUUUAGAUGACAAAGAUCAAAUUGCAGAUGUUCUGCCAUGUUGUGAGAAACCUGACAUUAAAACACUUUGGAGUUUAGAAAGCAUUGGAAUACGCGAAGACUUACAAUUGAAUAAUGAUGAAUUGUUACUUCAGAACUUUAAAGACAAUAUUGAAAUGGACAACAAUGGAAGAUACAAUGUCGCCUGGCCUUGGAAAGAAGACUACGAAUCACUGCCUGAUAACUAUGGACUUGCACAUGGACGGUUGAACACCUUAGUUAAAAGACUGAAACAAGAGCCUGAAUUACUGAAGAAAUAUGACAAUGUGAUUAAAAAUCAGCUGAAUGAAGGAAUAAUUGAGCUUGUUGAAGAAGACGAAGUUAAUGGACCAACACACUAUAUACCGCAUCACCGUGUUAUUACUCCUGUUCACACAACAACAAAGCUACGCAUUGUCUAUGAUGGAUCAGCUAAAACAAAAAAAGAGAACNAAAAUUGCAUUUGCUACUGCAAUCUACUUAAAGACAUAUACUAA